AUGGCUUCUCAUCGGUGGGCGAUGUCAACGUGUCUCACAUCAUCCACUCGCUGGCUUUCAGUGUGCCAUUCCUCUCCUUUUCUAACUUUCCCUACUGCCUCACAACCACCUUCCUUCCCUUCAACACCCCCUUUCCUUCCCCCUCCAGUGGGUGAUGUCAACGUGAGUCACGUCAUCCACUCCCUCGGUUUUGGAGUGCCCUAUCCUGGCCGCCUCAACCCACUCGACGGCUUCGUCCGCAUCCUGCCGCCCCUCAAGGAAGGGGAGGACCCUGCCAGAUCCAGUGGCACCUUCAAGUACUUUCUCAAGGUGGUGCCGACUCGCUUUCGCUUCUGGCACGGGGGAACCGUGAAGACGAACCAGUACUCCAUCAGUGAAUACUUCACGCCUUCUUCCCCGCAGUCCAACGCCCUGCCAGGUAUGCACACUGCCAGGUAUGCACACUGCCAGGACCUCUCGCCCAUAGCAGUGAGCAUCACCGAGUCGCACCGCAGCUUCUUCCACUUCCUCACUCGCCUCUGCGCCGUGCUGGACGGCACAUUCGCCCUCACAGGUGGGUAA